AUGGAUCCGUUGUUGUAUCUCGGUGGACUGGUAGUUCUCUUUCUGUUGUGGAUCAAGAUGAAAGGCUUAGACUACGUGAUCGUUCACCAGAGAUGGAUAUUCGUCUGUCUAUUUCUGCUGCCACUAUCAGUCAUAUUUGAUGUCUAUUAUUACCUGCGCGCGUGGCUCAUCUUCAAGAUGUGUUCCGCGCCAAAACAGCACGACCAGCGCGUGCGGGACAUCCAGAGACAGGUUAGGGCAUGUGGCUAAAUUGCAACGAUGAUGCAAAUUGCAUCUCUAUUAAAAUAGGUUAACUAAUCUAUUAAAACCAGUGGAUACACCCCUCUUCACUGACUAGCCUACCUAACCAGGCCUACUACUCUACAUGAAGAGGCUUAUGAGUUUAUAUGAGCAGUGCUAUUACAGAAGAGCAGACAUUCUAAAGUCUAUAUCUAUCAUGUUAUGUUAUCUAUAAUCUGGACGUUCACACAUGUCCUCGCUAACCCCAAUGUGUGUGUGUGAGUGCGUCUGUCUAAACUUUAAACACAGAUCCCUGAUAACACCCGAUGAUAGCAGUGUGUGUGAGUGUAUAUGUGUGUGUGAGAGAGAGACUGCAGUGACUGUAAUCCCUCUCUUCCUAAAGGGACUUUUGGAAAGAACUAGGGAUUUGGGAAUGAAGGAGAGGAAAAACAAACUGCAGCGUUCACUGUGUAGGUCUCGGAGUGUGUGUCAGUGUGUGUGCAUUCUGGGAGCUCAGCAUUUGAGCAUGGUAUCAGAUACUGUAUUUCCUUCUGUCGUUUACAAAGUCUAAAUUCUUUCUUCCAUUUCAAAUGUUCUGUAGUGAUUUAUAGGGAAUAGCAGGAGUAGGGCUUUAAUCAGAGACCCGAGAGGAAGUGCAGUGCCUUAUGUGCCAUAAAGGUCCAGACAUUUAGGCAGAGGCCAUAAUACUUACAUGCAGUAUGAUACUGUGUGUGUGUUGCAGGUAUGUGAGUGGAGGAGGGGGGGGGGGGGGGGAGACUCACAUGUGUACAGGUCGGCCCGGCUGGCUGACUGUUUCUCUCAGAGUGGGGAAAUACAAGAAGACCAACAAGAACAUCCUAAUCAACAUGAUGGACAUACUGGAGGUGGACACACAGAGACAGGUAGGACACACAUGCUCACACACUGUAGCUCUGUAUAUAAAAGUAUGUAUGUGUGUGUAAACCUGUAUGACCCGGGCAAGUAUAUGUACAACAGGUGGUUCAUGUGGAGCCCCUGGUCAACAUGGGUCAGAUCACUGCUCUCCUCAACUCCAUGGGCUGGACUCUGCCUGUGCUGCCAGAACUGGACGACCUCACUGUC